AUCCAAGACCAACCGACUCUCUCACACUCAUUCCACCAGACUUCCAAUUCACAAAAGAGAAACGCGCACAUCACGGAAGGAGAACUCAGACAGUAACCUGCCCUCAAUCUCAGCGGCGCUGUCACACACUUGCACACAGAUAUACAAACACAUUCAGCCACGCACACACACACAUAGACACACGCGCACACUGAAGAGCAAACAGUCUCUCUCUCUCUCGCUCUCGCUCACCCACUCUCCUCUCCCUCCCAUCCACACACGCACACCACUACAGUAUAUCAGCUAGCGACUGGCAGGGAAACAGAGGGGAGAGCAGAAAUGAAUGUGAAGAUCUUGACGCUGGUGAUUGUGCUGGUGGUGUCUCUGCUGUGUUCAGCCAGUGCUGGUCCAAUGGCCUCCACCGAGCAUAGCAAAGAGCUGGAGGAGGUGGGCAGCAUGAGGACUCCUUUGCGGCAGAAUUCCGCUCGAGCUGGCCGGAGCCAAAGACCUUCUGGCUGGAGGAGGAGACGCCCUCGACCCCGCCUCUCCCAUAAGGGGCCCAUGCCAUUUUAGAGCAAGGCACAGCUUAGAGUGCCCUCCCCCUUGGUUCUGAUUUCUAUGCUCUUCCUUUGCCUUGGGGGGCCUUGCAACAAGGGGCCUUUGCUAGCCCAGCCUGAAGAGUGAUGUCCAUAGCACCUGCUGGUUCUUCAAGCAACUCUUCUUCUGUCCACAAAAAAACCAGGACAAGCCACUCACCCUCAGCUCUACGAAGAAUUGUGGGCCAGGAAUGGGGGUGGGGGGUAUUGAGCCCGAGCUAUCAGAUUCUGUCUCUCUCUGUCUGUCUCUCUCCUCCUGUGGUUUUCCUCAUUUGCUUUCUAGAGCCCUUUCAUGGCCACACUUUGCAUGAUGUGUGAGCAGUGGGGAGCCUGGUCUAAACAGUUAUAGUCCGAAAGCGUCAGUUUCUUCUCUGAGGUGUGCUAGUCCCAUUCUCUCCAGUGUGAAGGUGACCACAGCGCUUUGUCCCAUUGCUACGUGUUGGCAACUCUUGGCUAAUAAAUGGUGUUUAUAAUGGAAGAAAGUGGCAGGGAAUCUAACAUAAAGGCACAAAUGCUCAGGCCCAUUAUGGUCAGGUCAGGAACAUUAUUUUUUUUUACAUCUUACACAAUUUACCAUCUACCUACAGCAAAAAUUGGCCAGUUAGCUUAAUAAUGGCAUCACUGAGUGCAUUUACAUGGCAAACUGCUCACAAAUGCAAUUAUCAAAAAUGUUUUCUUAUAAAAAUCCUGGCAAAAAAUAUUUCUUAAUGAGAUGAAUUCUGUUCAGCUCAUCAAGUUUUGACGCCAAAAUGUAUACACAUUGUAUAAGCAUCCAGAAUGCUGAUUGUAAUGUAAAUGCAAUCAAUGUUAUCGAGUUCAGUUAUAACUACUGAUUACAUAAUUACCUCUAAAAAUGUUGAAUGACUAUAUAAUUAAUUGGCACAUCUAUUUAAAACAGCUUGAUUACAUCUCAUAGUGCUGUCCAAUGGUCAUUAUACAUCAUCCUACCGAUGGGCCUAAGAGUUGUCAGCCAUCUGAAGCUUAAGGAUAAAGCCCCAGUGUCUCAUUAUCGAAAAUCACACUCCACUUCCAUGAGCAAGAGAUCAUCGUCCUGAGCCCUCUUCUCCUCCCCCAUAACACACGCUGCUUUACAGCAGAGAUACAUGACUGUUAACUGGCCAGGGUGAUCUGCUUCACACGGCGGACCAUCUCUCCUUUUAAUGAAGUGCCAAAUAGCAAAUGUACUCCACAGUGCUGCCAGGAGAAGAAAAGUAAACAUGUUACCUCUUAUCUUGGGGGUAGCAUAACAUCUAACCACAUGUACGCAUUUUGCCAUUUGUUUGAACAUCCAGUGUAAAGUCAACGAUAGCAUGGUUAGACCAAAAAAAAAAAUCCUUACAGAUCUGAUGAUUUUCCCAAUGACCGGAUUCUUUGACAGAACUCUAUGCCUUUAUUUGACAUCAUACUGGAAAUGAUUUCUCAUUCUUUUGUUGUUAUUUUUGUUAUAUUUCAGUUCAUUUCUCAGGGUGCUGUGACACAAGCCUGUAUGGUCUAUAUUACAUGCAUAUAUUUAAGAAACACACAUUAUUUGUAUUCACACCAUAUAGCUUCAUGCUUAUGUAUCCUCCACUUUUUAGCGACAUGUUAUCCAGACGUUUUUUACAAGCCAUUAUUGUUUUCUCCCUAUUGGGAGCUGUUGCCUUUUGAGUUUGAGCCUCUUUGGCACAGGUGGCCACAGCCUGGUUAUUAAACCCCAUUGCUAAUCGGUUUUAAAGUGGAAUCACUAAAAUAUCUUUCAAGUCCGAUAGAGCUCACAAGACAAAUUGGCAUAGAAUGACCACAUCACCUUAGCAUUCAAACGAUCUAUGAUGUAAUAAUCUAUAAAAAUAAGCAACUCGUAGCUUAGGCACUGUAAGACCUAUCAGUAAGACACAAAUUAUGAGGCCGAGAUGAGAGGCUUUUAUGAGACUGUUAGCUUCACUGAUAAUUCCGACGCUUAAUUAGACAAUGUAGCAAGUUAUUGCAAAUUAGCAUUUGAGUCCCUCCCCCAUUUCCUGUUCGGCGUUUCUCUGUGGUUACAAAAAAAAGAGAGUCGUUGCGUAUAUCCACAAACAUCACCACAAUCAGCUCUUCAUAAGAGAGUGCCUAAAAACUUACAUCAGUAAAACACCCCGCCAAGCUCACCUCGAUUAAAAAUGUAUCGAAUCUUAGGGCACUGUGAAUACUAAUAAUUCCAGUCAUGCCAUGAUUAUUUUAUACCCUCUCAGACAGAGAUGUGGAUUUCAUUAACGCUUUCUCAGAACGACAGUGCUCCUGAGAGCUCUGCUUCAUGGAUCAGUAGGUCAGAACCCAGAGAAGAUCCAAGUUUGGGCAGCUGAGCUGCAGUACACUUCAUCUGAAGAGUCUGUUAGAGGUGCAGAGUAAUGCCUGUAUCCAUACUGUUGUUAAUGAAUGUACCUUCACCAUCCUCACCAGAGCUGAGCUGAGGGUCGUCGAGCAGUGUUUCAGUUCAGUUCAAGCCUUGAAUCUUGAAAAACUAGCCCCCUUCCCACCGAUGGAGAUGGUUAUCGUUUCAUCAAGCAUCCAAAGACAAAUAUGACAAAAUCCAAAGCUUGCUAUAGCAGAGACCCCUAUCAAUCACUUGGCUUUCCUCCAACACCUCGCUGUAUGGACAUGCAAGGCUGCACUUUUGCAAUUCCAUUAUGCUGCUGGAAAAGUAAAUCCUGAAAAAAGUCUUUUGGCAUGUAAUGGUUUUCCAGUGUCUUGUGACAAUUAAAUUGACUGAUUCUUGUCUAGCUGGUUGUCCAAAGCCUACUUUUCAAUAGAGUGUGGAAAGCUGUAUUUUAUUUUUGUGUGUAUGGUCGUAUAAAAGUGUAGAAAAUAGAGUCUGCUGCACAAUAUGUCGUGGACACAAAAGAGCUUUCUCACCCUCCUCUGCCGUCAAACCUGGGCCAUUGUCCCCGUCAGCACAUCAGGUUAAUGGAGCUUGCAGUGUCAAGAGAACAAGCAUGUCCAGACUCAAAACUGAAACAGCAAACACACACACAUUACUCUUACAGAGCACAAAUCACUUUCUAUAAAUGUUUUUUUUCUCUUACAAGAAACUCAUUCUUACUCGGUCACGUGUUUCUGCCCAUCAUAAGUCCUAUGCACUUGUACACACGUUCCACAUAAUCAUUCAGAGGUCUUUAGUUUAAAUACAGACCUUUGCAUGGGAGAAAAGGAUCCAGAAACUGUUUGUAUGUUAAAAACAGAGCUGUGAUGAUUGAUGCGUUCCCCUUGGGUCUUAAUCGAUGUAUAAAAGCAAAGGAUACAAUACAAAAAUCCUCUUUGCCCUGAUUUGAUUCAUUGCAAGACAUUCAUUGGCGGACAUGGUUUCAUAUUUGACACAGAAAGAGUAAAUGCCCAUUAGGCCGCUUGUUUUCCAUUAGCUCGUCAUGGUGCAUGUAAAAGGUGGUGACCAGAUCAAGUAACUGAAAUCCAAUCCCAACAGUUCAAAAAUGUUCACCAGCUAAGAAUGAUCUGAUUAUUCUGUAGCUUCAAACAAAACUUCACACCCAUAAAGAGCUCCAUCCAAAACACGCAUCCAUACUCAUGGCCUGUUUGUUCAGCACACCCAUCCAUUUCAAUUCUCAAAAUCUGUAGUCAGGCCUGGCAUUUCAACAGUAUUAGUGGGCCACGUAAAAGUAGCGUAAUGGCAAGGUAUUAUUCCUCCUCUUUAUUCCUGCUGGAGGUGUGUGCUCAUCAAACUCACCUGGCCAAAUGUACAGUCCCUGUCUCUGUUUUGAUGUUGAACUGGGCAAAAACAAAUGAAUAAAUAAAUGAAUUAAACAAGUGUAUCAGAAAUGGUUGAAAUACUGUGUACAUAUUUGAACUUUUGGUUUCUAAUUUAUAAAAGAUAAGCUUUAGCUCUUGGAGUACUUAUUUUAUUUUAUUUCCUUUCAUGCGUAGCUUUGUGUUUUUAUUUUCUAUUUCUGUAAAGUGUGUAAAUAUAUCUUUAUGAUAAUAAGUAAUAUUAAAAAAUCUUAUUUUAAGAAACAA